AUGAAUAGCGCUACAUUGAAUCUCUUAAGUGUUAAUAAAUUAAAUGGUGACAACUAUACAAGUUGGAAAAACACAAUUAAUACUAUACUGAUCAUCGAUGUCCUGCAAUUUGUCCUACUUAAGGAGUGUUCUCAAGUAUCUGCUCAAAAUGCAUCUCAAAAUGCUCAGGAUGCAGAUGAAAGGUGGGCAAAGGCAAAUGAAAAGGCUCGAGCAUACAUACUUGCCAACUUAUAUGAAGUCUUGGCAAAAAUGCAUGAAUCCAUGGUCACUGCAAACGAGAUCAUGGAAGCAAUGUUUGGACAAUCGUCCUUAUAG